AUGUACAAGCUAAUAUUCUCCUGUUUAUUUUUUGUCGGCUUCUUAAGCCCCCUCUUGUCUCUCCCCGUCAUCGAUUCCGGUGAAAUGGUCCAUCGGCUCUCAGCAGAUGAUGAAGAUUCAAGGCUGACGCUGGAAGACCUGGGCAGAGCUUCUCUCCUGCAGACGCUGCCAGAGAUUUUGGAUGCAGAAAGACAGAAGGAUUCCAGGAAAUUUGAUCUAAGGGCUGAUGUUGUGGACCCCAAGGAACAUGGGAAGAAGGUUUUCUAUGGAAAAGACCCCAAAAUCUCACUCCUGAGUCUUUUGGCCAGAACCAGGAAACAAUCUAAGAAACGUGGGCCCCCUUCUGAAUGCUUUUGGAAGUAUUGUGUGUAA